AUAAGAGAACAGAGCAAGAACAGCGGCGACGUAAUCGUGUGUGUGUAUAUAUAUAUAUAAAAAAGAUAUCCAUUCAAAUUCCUCUCUGUUCCGUACAUCUCUCCUCCACGAGAAGCUGAAAUGGGUUCCGACGAAUCUCCCGACCAUACAAAACAAGAGGCAGAAGAAGUUCACGUACAAAUUCAGAAUCAGGCAUCGACAGACGAAACCCUAAUCCAGAAGCUCAAGCGGCGAAAAUGGUGGAUUUCGCUCUUCAUCUGUGCGGCCCUCGUCGUUAUUGGACGUUCUUUAUCUACACUGCUGCAGAAUUUCUACUACGUCCAGACGGGACGUGAGGUGUGUGGCGAUCCAAACCAUUUGAAGGGCACUUGGCUCCAAGCCAUCGUUCAAAACGCCGCGUUUCCGGUCACCGCCUUUUGCCUCCUCUUCUUCCGUUCGUUCUCCUGCGGCUCUACCGAAACCCGGCCUCUCUCUCUUUCAUCUUCUUCCCCAUCCCUCGGCCUCCUCUUGCUUUACGUAUCUCUCGGUAUCCUCUUUGCAGCGUAUAGUGAACUAUACGCGAUCGGGAAAACGCAUACAUACCUCUUCCCUUGGAUCUUUUUAACGCAAAUAAUCUUCACCGCAAUCUUUGCAAAGUUCAUCAACAAGCACAAAUUCAACCGUUGGAUCAUAUUAGCGAUCAUCCUUUCAGGGGUCGCAACAGGACUCGCCACCUCUGAAGAUGCUUAUUACCCUUGUGAGGAUGAGAGCUACAGGAUGGGGAGAGGUGCUUUAUGUGCCUUAUUCGGCACCGUCGCAUUCUCUCUGUCGCUAUGCAUCAUGCAAUUAGGCUUCAAGAAGGUGAUAAAGAACGCCGAUAUCUUCGGCAUCAAGAAAGGAUUCGGUUCUGUGCUAAAGAUGCAAGUCUACGCUUCGAUGAUCGCAACACUGAUAUGCUUCGUGGGGUUAUUCAUUAGCGGUGAACACAAGGAUCUGAAGGAAGAUUAUAACGGAUUUCACAAGGGGAAGACCCUCUACGUGUUGAGCUUGAUCGGGUUAUCGAUCUCGUGGCAAGUAAUGUCGGUCGGUCUCGUGGGAUCGGUGUUCUUCGCUUCUUCCGUCUUCUCUAACGUUGUGAACUUUUGCGCUUCGCCGGUUACGUACAUCCUUGUUUCGUUGGCGUUUCGGUUUAUGGACGACGAGGUCACUUGGCUCAAAGGAGGAGCUUUGUUAGCUGGAAUCCUUUGUUUUGCUUCUUACGUAUAUUCAUUGUACAGAUCCAUGAAGAGGCAGAACCAAGGUGUAAAUCAAAGGGAGAUCAAUGAUGUCCAAACUUAGUCUGUACAUUCUUAAUGUUUAGAAUAUAAAAACAUAAGUGUUUCUCCUUGUUUGCUUAUGCUAUUUUUAUUUUUAUUUUUUUUAAUAUACUUUAUUUUUUAGAUA